AUGCUCUCGGAGACGCCGAGCGCCAAGCCGAGGCCCGAGCCCAAGCCUGUCGCCAAUGCCGUCCCCGACGCGGAGGAGCGAGGAGCGGAGAAGGCGAAGAAGCAGGAGUACAGCACCGACGCCGCGGUGAGCGACCUCGGCAGCUGCGUGUCGCUCUCGCUCGCCACCGACGAGCUGUCAGAGGCGGCUUCGGAGUCGUCGGUCGCGACCAGCUCGGUGGCCGGGCCGGAGCGGUCGCCCGGGAGGAAGCCGUCGGCCAGGAGGCGCCCGGUCUCCGCCGAUCUGGGGCCCGCGCGUCGGGACCGCGCCGCGGCGGCCUCCUACGGCGUCCGCUCACGCAGCGCGCGAGCCUCGCCGUCCCCGCCUCCGCCGCGGCACGUGCCCCGGGACCGCUCCGUGAGGCGGUCUUCCGCGGCGAAGCGGCCGUCGACGGAGCACCGUCGCGCCGCCAGCCCAGCCGCGCCCGCGCAGCGGAAGCCGCCUGUCCCGGCAAGGCCGUCCGGCCGCGUGUCGCCGCGGCGCGCCCAGGAGCCGCCGCCUCCUCCCGCCUCGCCACCGCCGCCCUCGCAGCCGGAAGACGACGACGUCACCGUGUCAAGUGAUGAGCACAGCGCCCCGGAGUGGGAGAGGCCGGGAGGGCGGAUGGGAUCUGAGGAUGAGGAUGGGGUGGUAGGGCUGCAGCCCCGCGCCCCCGCUCCAAUCCGCGCCGGCGCCGCGCCUCCUGCUCCGGCGGUCCGACCUCCGGCCCUCCGCAGUUCGCAGCCAGCCUACCAGGCUACCACCGCGCCGCCCGUCGCCUCCUCUGACUGGAGCGUCGUCGCGUCGAGUCGCCUCGGCCAGAGGCGCCCCGGCUGA